AUGUCUUCUCUCAUCGACCAUCCAGUCCAUGUGUUAGCCGCAGCAUCGUUACUCACAAUAUCAAUAUUCUUGUACACCAAGCUCGUCGAGAAGAGGCACAAGCAAUACGCCCAUCUCCCUCAGUUGCCCACAUCGCUUCUCUGGGGCCAUCUCCGGCUCUUUCAAGAAUACACUCAUCAUGGAGCCCAAGACCGUCAUCCAGAUGCAAUCAUUGCUGAGAUGCAUAAGGAUCUUGGAUCCCCUCCCAUCUUCUUGAUCGACAUGCGACCCAUCAGCCAUCCCAUGGCCGUCAUCGCUGACCAUGCAGUUGCCGAACAAAUCUCGAGGCCAUCUAAGGAAUUCCAAUAUAGUGUACCUAAAGCGCCUUCUAUACCAAGCAUCGGCCCUCUGAUUGGUCGCUUAUCAAUGCUCAACCGUCAGAACGAGAGCUGGAAGGUAGUUCGCAGAAGAUUCAACCCAGGCUUUGCUCCAAACCACCUGAUGACGCUUCUUCCGUGUAUUCUCGACAAGAGCAUGCUAUUCUUGGAGCGAUUGGAUCAGCAUGCUGAAGCGGACGACGUUUUUAGGCUGACUGACCUGACUACGAGCCUGACCUUUGACAUCAUCGGUGCUGUUGCUAUGGAUGUCGAUCUGGAGGCGCAGAAACCUGAUCCUUCUCGACAGAGAGACUUCAUCCAUAUCUUCAACGAGCUCAUUCAGACGCAUGCCAAUGACAAUUUUCAUCUGCCAUGGUGGCUCAGACCCUUUAUCUAUAUGACUCGCCAUCGCCUAGGGAGACUUAUCACCCAGAGGCUGCAGACUAUCGUCCGUGCCAAAUUCACCGAGCUCAAGUCCGGUUCCCCAGACGGUCAAUCAUCUCGGACGAUCCUCGCGCUGAGCUUGCAAGAUAUCGAUCACCUCUCGCCUGCUGUUCUCGAUGAGACGUGUGACCAGCUCAAAUCCUUCCUCUUUGCAGGUCAUGACACCACGAGUACCCUUAUUGACUGGGCGGUAUACGAGCUCUCUCGCACCCCCCGAGCUCUCAAGGCCGUACAGGCCGAAGUCACGGCACUGCUCGGCCCCGAGACACACGACCCAGGCGCCAUCCGUACUAAGCUCCUGUCUCCCGGCGGGGAGCAUAUUAUCCACCAAAUGACUUACAUCUCGGCCGUCAUACGAGAGUGUCUUAGAUUACAUCCGCCAGCUAGUACAGUCCGCAUGACCAUGCCAAAGUCUGAAAGCUCGUGCGUCGUCACCACGUCCCGCGGCGACUACUGCCUCGACGGCGCCUGGAUCUACCUGAACCACGCCAUUAUCCACCGCGACCGCGCCGUGUUCGGAGACACGGCCGACGACUUCUGGCCGGAGCGCUGGCUCGUCCAAGGCGGCCAGAGACAUGCCGGAGGCUCGCCCACCUCCGAGGCGUCAGUCUUUACAGCCGCACCAGGUGUAUUCCCGCAGAGUGCUUGGAGACCUUUUGAGAGGGGUCCAAGGAAUUGCAUCGGCCAGGAGCUUGCCAACAUUGAGGCGCGGAUCGUCAUCGCCAUGCUGGCCUACAGAUAUACCUUCACCAAAGUUGGCCUGGGCGAGUUGGACCUGGACUCAAGAGGUCGGCCGGAGGUUGGUGAUAAUGGCCAGUACAAGGUCAAGUCGGAACUAUAUCCAACCAUUCAGAUUACAGCGAAGCCGGUCGACGGAAUGCUAAUGAAGGUUGCUCUGGCUUAA